GGAGAUCUCGGUUUUGAUGCACUUAAGUCCGAGGGAACCUCGGAGUUACGAAGUCAAGGCCUAGUAAUGCGAGGACAUAGUUAACUAACCCCUCGGUCUUCCCUCAAACCCCUUCGGUCUUCUUUGUGUCUUUUUUCCUGUCAUCUUCUUAUCAGAUCAUCUUGAUAUCUUUCUCAGUUGUGAUGGAGCAGACCCCUACGAAUUCAAGUCGGAGAUCACACUCGCCUGAGGAUGCCAACUCGGAAGUCCGAAAGCGCCGGAGAAUCGCCCUUUCGUGUUAUGACUGUAGGCGCCGGAAGCUAAGAUGUGAUCGCGAGUAUCCAGCGUGCGGCCGUUGCCGUAAAGGUGGACACGCGGACACGUGCACUUACGAUACACGGGUAGAACCGAUACCCGCCCGGGAGCCUCAUCAGGUGCCACGUCCGGGAGCCGAUGAUAGUCGAGCUCAGAUGCUGAGUCCGACAUCACCAAAUGACCUCAACUCUUCUACUAGGACACCGAUUCUGGAUCACUCAAGCCGAAAUACUGUGGAGCUUCUCUCUUUCCAAAGGGCAAAAAUAGCUGAACUUGAGGCUCGCCUUGCCCGGAUUGAGAGCAACGGCACUCAGUCAAGCAGCAGUCCACACCACCCGACCCGCGGAUCACCUGCUCCACAGGAUGAGAUCCUAUGGCCAAGCCAAGCUUUCGCUUGGUCACGAAGGCCCGUGAUGAAGGAUGUAGAAGAGAGCGAGACAAUUCUACUCAGAGGAAAGGGCUUCAAAACACAGUUCUUCGGAGCAACAAACGUUAUUGCCAACAUGGUUACGCAUUUCCCGGGUCUACGAUCUUAUAUGCAGGGUGCCCUCAGAAAGUACCCUUCCCUUGUCCAAGGACACACAGAAUCGAAAGCUAUUCAAAGCCGAUGGAAAAGAUACAAACAAGUUUUGGCGUCGAUGCCGGCUCCGGAAUUAUCUACUUUCCUUCCCGAGAGGAGUGUCGUGGAUCACCUCGUCAAGCUGUACUUUGACACACUCGAAACGAUAUAUAGGAUCCUCCAUCGACCCUCUUUCUGGGAAGAGUAUUCUACCUUCUGGAGUGAGCCCGAGAAACGCCGACCAGAGUUUGUCGCAAUUGUUCUUGCUGUGAUAUCCACCGUUAUCACAGCCUCUUUCACGGAACCCACCACAUACUGCGCUGAAAUUCCUAUACAAUUAUGGUCAGGAACGCAGUGGGUCGAAGCUUGCGAUAGGUGGGUCUCGCAGCAGAGUGCGAAGCAUGCCCAGAUUGACAUCUACCAAGUACGCUGCCUAUGCGUUCUUUCGAGGUAUAUCAAUUCCAUCAAAUGGAAACAGCAAUGGAUGGAUUCCAGAAAUUUGAUGACUUUUGCCAUGACAACAGGCCUGCACAGAGAUCCGCGCUGGUUACUCAAAGAAACAAGCACGCAUGACCAGGAGAUGCGUCGCCGAUUGUUUUAUACCAUGGUGGAGCUUGAUUUGCAGGGGUCCAUUAAUCGAGGAAUGCCUUCAGCGACGCAUGCUCAAUACUACGACACAGCGGCACCACUUAAUGUCAACGAUGAUGACAUUGAUCACGAAGGCCGAAAAGCACCUCCCACUUCCUGGCCAAUUCAAGAAUACACAUCGACGUCCUAUCUGCAUGCCUCAGCGAAAAGCAUAGAUUUGAGGAUACGCAUCAAUUCGGCUCUCAAUAACUCGGCACGUCCACUGAGCUACGAUGAAGCAAUGCUAUAUUCGAACGACGUAGUGCAAGAGCUGGGUAAGAUACCCUCUUGGGCUGGUCGUAAAGAAGCGAGGCUAGCGCGAACCACGCUCGAUAUCCAGCUGCGACAGUACCUAAUCAUGCUCCACGAACCAUUUGCAUGGAAGGCGGCAUCGGAUGUGCGAUAUUCAUAUUCAAGGGCAGCCUGCUUCGAUGCUGGGGCAUCCAUUGUGGAUCAGUACAACGAAUUGAGUUCCAUGGAUAGGGUAAUCAUGAACCUAUUGCGAUCUGACCCAACCCGCGCUGCUUUGGCUAUCAUCCAGACCACAUUCGUGUCAACCCUGGCGCAAGAUUUCCGUUUCUUUCAGAGCCACAAAGCAGUCAUCGACGACCUUGUACAGAAAGCGCUGGACAUGGUUGAGGACAAGACUUUGCGCACUAGUGCAGGCUGCGGGCACAUGUGGCACAUAUCUGCAGCUUGCAAUCUCUUGCUCUCCAAAGUGGCCCCGGAGGAAGCAGAAUCCCGCUUGAAGGAGGCUGUUGAGAGGGUGAUAGGUAUUUUUGACAGGAUCAGUCAAUCGCAAGAACCUGUCCCUGCUCUGCCAAAUACCAACACAACAGACACUCCUGUUAUACCAGGGACCAGUGCAUCCUACACAAAUGAGUCGAGCUUGCCCGAUGAACUUGCUUUUGCAAAUGACAUUUCAGGAACGGAUACAGCCAUGUUCAACUUCCCUGAAACCCAGGCAUGGGGUCUUGAUGAUCUCUGGUCUUUUGGUCCCAUUGAUCUGUAAACCUAGGACUGACGACCACUACCGCAAAUCUUCUUGGGAAGCCAUUUGAAUGGAAAAAGUCUCUUGUUGAUACGAUUUUACGACACGCUUUCACAAACACGAUCCAAAUUUGCUUGGAGAGGUGCUUGUUCUUUCCUCAAAUGCACUUUUUCAACAGCACUGAAGGAUGGCAACCUCUCCUAUCAUCGCGUUAAGCUUUCUUUCUUCUCUGGUCUUACCUCAAAAGAGCUCGCGCAAGAAAACUCAAAAUAAUCUCCAUUUAUGUUAUUGUCCAGCCACGCUUCACUUCUAUUUCGCAUCUCUCAGCUCAGGGAAAGGACAAAUGUAAGAUAGUGUAAACUAAGCAAGUACUGGAAGGAGGACCACCCUACUCUAAAGGCAGUACGGGGAUCGUUGACAGCUUAAUGGACCAGAUGAACGGACUCGCUUCUCAAAUAACGAAAAAAUCAUUUCAAAUUGUAC